AUGCCCCAGGAGCUCGUGUCGUCGGAGGAGUUCCUCACAAGACUCGGUCAAUGUUUCUCGGACCCGUCAUCUUCCAGCUCUGUCGGACUCACCCACAAGAGAUUAACACACACCGAUGCCGAUGUGGAGAUGAAGAGUGAAGAAGAAAGCGGGGACGGGCCGGAAUAUGAAGUGCUCAUAAGAUGUACCCAAGGAGACAACAAGUUUUCUGCCAGAAUCCCCGCCUCCUCUUUACCAACAUUCCACGCCGCCUACGGCACCCUCCUCAAAACAUCCAUGGCGCCCCUCAUGCGCAAACGAGACAAGAAGAAGGAAAAGGCCCGCGCCGAAGUGCUGGCCAAUAAGAGGAAGGAGCUUUAUGUGGAUGUGGAUAUUGGUGCGGAGGGGAAGAGAGGGAAGGGGAGGAGGCAGAGGCAGAGGAAGAUUAUGGCGCAGAGGAAGAAGGUGGAAGAGCGGGAGAGGGUGGAGGCUAGGGAGGCGGAGAGGAAGGCGGAGCUGUAG